CACGGAUGUGUAGCCAGGAUUGCACUUCACACACUCAACCUCGCUCCUCCAGAUACCUCCCUUCGCCUACCUCACAAGCCGCAUUCUACUAUAUAUCCUCUCCACACGUACAAGAAUGUCUCUCAAGCCGAUCAUCCUCCACGGUCACCAAGUCGGCCCCAACCCCUGGAAGGUGGCCAUGAUCAUUGAAGAACUCGGACUCCCAUAUGAGCACAAGUCUGUGCCCUUUGACAUGAUCAAGAAGGAGCCCUUCAUAUCCAUCAACCCCAAUGGCCGCCUCCCCGCAAUUGAAGAUCCCAACACAGGGAUCACUCUAUGGGAGUCGGGUGCCAUUAUUGAAUACCUGAUCGAGACUUACGACAAAGACAACAAGAUCAGUCCCAAGGCUGACACCCCCGGGUAUUUUCACGCCAAGCAGUGGCUCCAUUUCCAGAUGUCCGGACAAGGACCAUACUUUGGCCAGUUUGUCUGGUUCACUCGUUACCACCCAGAGAAGAUCCAAAGCGCCCAGGACCGCUACUUGAACGAGAUCCGCCGCGUGACCGGUGUGCUGGACAAGGUCCUCGAAGGCCGCAAGUACCUGGUCGAUGACAAGUACAGCUAUGCGGACGCUGCUUUUGUGCAGUGGUAUCAGAUUAUCCCAUUCGUGACUGGAGAUGCCAUUGAUCUGGAGAAGGAGUUUCCCAAUGCCAACGCUUGGCUGCAGAGACUACAGGAGAGACCUGCUAUUGCGAAGUGUCUCAAGGCAUACAGAGAGGCGCUCAAUGCCAAUUGAGACUGGAGAGGAGUUUGGCUCUAGAGUUAAAUUUGACAUCGCAUUGCAGAGCUUGCGAGCA